CGCACACCUAUUGCCAUGGGGACUGUUUGCUUGGCGUGGCACUUGUGCUUGGCGCUCGCCUUCUCCCUGCACCCGCGCAGGUUCGCCGCCGGCAACGGGGUCCCAGAUGCAGAUGAAUGCACAGAAGGGACAGACGACUGUCACAUCGAUGCAAUUUGUCAAAACACGCCAAAGUCAUACAAAUGCAUUUGCAAACCAGGUUAUAAAGGAGAAGGGAAACAAUGUGAAGACAUUGAUGAGUGUGAAAAUGACUUCUACAAUGGAGGCUGUGUACACGAAUGCAUCAACAUUCCUGGCAACUACAGAUGCACGUGUUACGAUGGGUUCAUGUUGGCUCAUGAUGGACACAACUGCCUUGAUGUUGACGAAUGUCUGGAUAACAAUGGUGGCUGCCAGCAGAUCUGUGUCAAUACUAUGGGAAGCUAUGAAUGCCAGUGCAAAGAAGGCUUUUUCCUAAGUGAUAACCAGCACACCUGUAUUCACCGCUCCAAUGAGGGUAUGAACUGUAUGAACAAAGAUCAUGCGUGCGCACAUAUCUGCCGAGAGACACCCAAAGGUGGGGUUGCCUGUGAAUGUAGGCCUGGCUUUGAACUUGCCAAAAACCAGAAGGACUGCAAAUUAACCUGUAACUAUGGAAAUGGAGGCUGCCAACACACCUGUGAUGACACAGAUACGGGACCUGUGUGCGGUUGUCAUCAAAAGUAUGCCCUACACUCGGACGGCCGAACAUGUAUUGAGAAGGAUGAGGCUGCAAUUGAGAGUUCUGAGUUCAAUGCCACGUCAGUAGCUGAUGUGGACAAGCGGGUGAAACGGCGGCUACUUAUGGAAACAUGUGCUGUCAAUAAUGGAGGCUGUGACCGCACUUGCAAGGAUACAGCAACAGGAGUGCGCUGCAGCUGCCCGGUUGGAUUCAACCUACAACCUGAUGGGAAAACAUGCAAAGAUAUAGAUGAAUGUCUGGUAAACAAUGGUGGCUGUGACCACUUCUGCCGAAACACUGUGGGCAGCUUUGAGUGCAGUUGCCAGAAGGGAUAUAAGCUACUAACAGAUGAACGAACCUGCCAAGAUAUAGAUGAAUGCUCCUUCGAAAGGACCUGCGACCAUACCUGUAUCAACUACCCUGGGAGUUUUGAAUGCCUGUGUCAUAAAGGCUACACAUUGUAUGGAAUGACACACUGCGGAGAUAUUGAUGAAUGCAGUAUCAGCAAUGGGAGCUGUGACUAUGGAUGCCUUAAUACAAUGGGAAGUUACGAAUGCGUAUGUCCAUCGGGGAAGAAGCUGCACUGGAAUAAAAAGGAUUGUAUUGAGAUGGUGAAAUGCCUUCCAAAUGCCAAGCCAGCUCCAAAGGCCCAGUUGGUCUGCAGCAAAUUGGGAGGGAUUGAAAGCUGUUCCUUAUCAUGUCCAUCCAAUACACUUUUUCUCCCAGACACAGAGAAUAGUUAUUCAGUCAGCUGUGGAGUACCAGGGCAGCAAGGCAAGUCGCUUCAGAAACGCAACAGCACUCUUCCUAGCUGUGCAGACAUAUUAGUACCACCCAUCAAGCAGAAAGCUCGUUUUAAAAUCAAGGAUGCGAAAUGUCACUUAAGACCUCGCAGCAAAGAAAAAAUUAAAGAUGUUGGAAAUCAGCAGGCUGUUCUAGGAGGUCAAUUCCCUUGUACAGACAACUGCCAGGUAACUUUCGUGAACCUCAAGUGCGAUUCCUCUAAGAAGAAACGGCGAGGCCGGAAAUCGCCAUCCAAGGAAGUGUCCCAUAUCACAGCUGAGUUUGAAAUGGAGAUGAAGUCAGAAGAAGUCUCAGACACCUGUAAUGUCGACUGUUUGAGGAAAAGGAUGGAGCAGAAGCUACAGUCGGCAAUCAAAACCUUGAGGAAAUCUAUUAACAAGCAGCAAUUUUACAUUCAGUUUUCUGGGACAGAGUAUGAAGUGGCUCAGAGAGCAGCUAAAGUUGUUGCCGAAGGACAUGAUGCCUGCAGUACAGGACAAGUGCAGCAGGAUGGGAAAUGCGUUACCUGCAGCACAGGCACCUAUUAUAGUGGAGAACAUAAUCAGUGCAUUCCUUGCUCACCAGGAACAUACCAAGACACAGAAGGUCAACUUUCCUGUGAACCUUGCCCAAGCAAUGAUGGACAGGGAGUAGCAGGUGCACGGAAUGUGUCAGAAUGUGGAGGGCAGUGUUCUCCUGGAUAUUAUUCUUCUGAUGGCUUUAAACCUUGUAGACUAUGUCCCCUGGGCACAUAUCAGUCUGAACCAGGAAGGACCCUCUGUUUUCCGUGUGGCGGGGGACUGGUGACAAAAUACGAAGGCGCAAUGUCGUUUCAGGACUGUGAAACAAAAGUUCAUUGUUCUCCUGGCCACUACUACAACUCUACAACCCACAGAUGUAUCAGAUGUCCUGUUGGAACCUAUCAGCCCGAAUUUGGUCAGAACUACUGCAUCACCUGCCCUGGAAAUACUAGCACUGAUUUUGAUGGCUCUACUAAUGUUACACACUGCAAAAAUCGACAAUGUGGUGGAGAACUUGGAGACUACACCGGCUACAUUGAGUCACCCAACUACCCUGGAGAUUACCCAGCAAAUGUUGAAUGUAUUUGGAAUAUAAGCCCACCCCCAAAGAGGCGGAUUCUCAUAGUGGUCCCUGAGAUAUUUCUUCCUAUUGAAGACGAGUGUGGUGAUGUUUUAGUAAUGAGGAAAAGUGCUUCACCCACAUCUAUUACUACAUAUGAAACUUGCCAGACCUAUGAAAGACCGAUAGCAUUCACCUCCAGGUCACGAAAGUUGUGGAUUCAGUUCAAAUCAAAUGAAGGAAACAGUGGCAAAGGAUUCCAAGUCCCCUAUGUAACAUACGAUGAGGAUUAUCAACAGUUAAUUGAAGACAUUGUUAGAGAUGGACGUCUAUAUGCAUCAGAAAAUCAUCAAGAAAUUUUAAAAGACAAGAAACUGAUCAAAGCGCUUUUUGAUGUAUUGGCACAUCCACAAAACUAUUUCAAGUACACAGCGCAAGAAUCAAAGGAGAUGUUUCCAAGAUCGUUUAUAAAGCUACUGCGAUCAAAAGUUUCCAGAUUUCUACGACCAUACAAAUAGAUUCCUAGCGCUUUUCAAAAGAAAAAAUUGUUCUGUUGCGUUCCUGUCAAAUAUUGUAUUGUCUUCAACAGUAGGAACAUUUUUGCUAUUUUGAAGACUCCUUGGCAGUCUUUAUCUUAAAUUGUAUAUUGAAGAAUAACUAUAAUGUUUUAUAAUCUCCAAUAUUUUGAAUGGGAUUUUUUUUUUACUUCAAAGAAGAAAUCAUUUUGGAUUCCAGAAUGCACCCAGUUGAAGAUCCAAAUUUAUUCCUGCACUAGUUUAUCCUUGAAGAGCCUUUAGAGAAUGUAUCUCUACACCUUUUCUAGAAGAGAAAAAUGAUUUCUUCUAAGCAAGGAAGGAACCUGGUCAAAGAAACUACCUGCAAAGAAGAGUUACGAUAUAAAGGAGUGUGUAGUAUAAACUAAUACUUGGAUUUUGAAUUGCACUUGAACUUUAUAUGUGAGAUUUUAUGGGGGAAAUCUAAAUUUCAUUGUUUCCCAUUGGUGGUUGCGGAGACUUUGUUCUAGGUAUAAACCAAAAAAUACAAAGAAGGGUGGGGAUAAAAUUGGUGAGUUUAAUGGAUUAGGCAAGAUCUAAUUCCAUAUUCUAAUAUUUUGUUGGCCCUGUCAUAAUAUUUCAAAAGUCUACUAGUGUCUAAUCCUGCAGAUACAAUUAUGGAAUUGUAGAUAAUUUGGUUUCACCAAUGUUUUUUACAAUAGGAUGGAAGAGAUGGGGGGGGG